AUGUCUGGUUCCGAUACAGCUAGUUCUAUUUCUUCUGAAGAAGAUGACGAUUAUUUAGACGUAAUUGACCCACCAUUAUUUAAUUAUUCAAGGAUUAAGAAAAAAUUACCUGUUUCAUUGUUCUCAUCGAGAGAUUCCAUUGCAUCGACGCUGUUUACUAAGAAUUUUUUGGCAUUUGGUACUCAUCAAGGUAUUUUGCAUUUGACAACCACUAAUUUCUCGCCAAUUAAAUCUUUUAAAUGUCAUAAAUCUUCAAUUCUAACGAUUUCAACAGAUUCAAAUACCUGUUCAAAUUUUGCUACGGCUUCAAUUGAUGGUACGGUGGUCAUAGGAAAUUACCUAGACCCUGAUACUUCAUGCAUUGCUUAUAAUUUUAAAAGACCUGUAAGUUCUGUUAUAUUAGAUCAUGAUUAUGAGAAAUCAAAGUUAUUCUUCUCUGGUGGUAUGGCUUGCGAUUUAAUUAUGUCGCAAAAAAAUUGGCUAGGUAAUAGAAUUGAUACUAUUUUAAACAAAAAACUGUAUCAUGAUGGUCCAAUUCAAGCAAUCCAUCAAUUCGGGAAUAAUGUCAUAAUAUGGUUUAAUGAGGAUGGUAUUAAUUUUUAUGAUUUAAGCACAAAGACUUUUCUAUUUAAUCAGCCUUUCCCAAACAGUGAUAAUACAAGACCUGAGCUUUUUAAACCGUUUUCAUUGACUAUAGAUGCUUCAACAUUUGUAGUGUGUUGGUGUAAUAAUAUUUGGUUCUUCAAAAUUACCUGUAGUAAUUCUAAUACAGCAAAAGACGUUCAACAAAAUUUUUCUUCACUUUUAUCAACAGCUGCCUCAACUUUGAAAAUUCAGUCCGACACUUCAGUAUCUUUACAAUCACACUUCUUGGUUAAUUUCAUUAUUGCAGGUGUAUGUUCAUAUAAAAAUGAUCAAUUACUAUUAUUAGCAUUUGAAAAUAAAGAUCUUUCUUCGACAAUUACAACCACUCAACCUGAAUUGAAGAUUAUUGAUUCAUUGACAGGUGAGGAAAUAUAUUCUGAUCAAUUGGUAUCAAAAAAUUUAGAAAAACUAUCAAUAAAUGACUUUCAUUUAGAUACUUAUAUUGAUAAGGAUUCUAAAGUAAAUUAUUUUUUAACAAAUCCAAAUGAUAUUAUUCAUAUAAAACCACUCACAUUAGAAGAUCAUUAUUAUUGGUAUAUUGACAAUGAUAAUUUAAUAAAAGCUUGGGAAAUUGGGAAAUAUGUAGUUUCAGAAGAAGAUAGAUUUCAGAUUGCUGUACAAUAUUUAGAUAAAUUAUUAGAUCAAAAAAAUUGGGAACUCCUGAAAACUAAUAUGGUUAAAAUAUUCCUUGAAACAGAUUUUACUAAAGAAGAUGGUGACUUAUUUAAAGAUUUGGUUACUGAAAAAUGGGAGAGGUUUAUCAUGUCAUUUUUAGAGAAUAAUAAAAUUGACUUGAUUAUUGAUUUUAUCCCUGUGGAUUUCCCUUUGAAUAAAACAGUUUACAACUCAAUUUUAACUUAUUACCUAGAAAAUAAUAAUCUGGAUUUAUUUUCUAAGUAUUUGAGGGAAUGGCCAUUAACAGUUUAUGAACCAAAAAUUUUAGAAGUGGAAUUAGAAGAAAAAUUAAAAUUGGAUGAUGAGAAAUCAAUGACUUAUAGAAGGGAUUUGAUUUAUCUUUAUUCCAAGCAAAGCAAAUAUUCUAAAGCCAUCCCUCAUAUGCUUAAGGCAAAGGACAUUACUGCAUUAGAUAUUAUGUUAUCUCAUGAUCUUCUGUCACAAUUCAUGGACGACGUUGUAGAUAUCGUUCUAUUACCAUUUAAUGGGGAGAUCAAAGAGUUCGAAAAGUUACCCCUAGGUGAAAUCGAAUUCUUACUACAAAAACCAAUUCAAUUACUGAUUGAAAACAGAUAUUCGAUAUCAAUAAAUAAGAUAAUACAAUUGUUUUCAAAUCCAGCCACGCUUCGUAUUGUAAUAUUCAUGUAUUUGAAAAAUUUGACAAGGAUUGAUGCCUCUAUAACAUCUUUCGAAGAUCUCAUGAUAGAGCUUUACUUUGAAUAUGAUAAGUUAAACUUGUUACAGUUUUUAAAAGAGAAAAAUAACUAUAAUGUGGAAAAAGCCAUAGAUUUUUGUUCUAAGGACCCUGAAUCUUAUAACGAAUUGAUUUAUCUGUGGAGUAAAAUUGGUGAAACAAAAAGAGCACUUUCCUUGAUUAUAGAUAAAUUGAAUGACCCUGACGUAGCCAUUGAAUUUGUUAAAAAUUGUGGUGAUUCUGAAUUAUGGGAAUUUAUGGUAGGUUAUAGUAUGGAUAAACCUUUAUUUGUCAAAGCAUUGUUAAAUUCACCUGAUGAAGUUGGCAAAACUCAUUUGGAGAUCAUUAAAGCAAUGCCACUAAAAAUGGAGAUAGACACUCUACCUGAAACGUUAGAAAAAUUACUGAAAGAAAAUUUUUUAACCUUAACAGUUUCUAAUAAUGUCUAUAAAAUUAUUGAUGAUGAAACUAACACUUAUACUAAGGAAUUGUUAGCAUUACGAGUUAUGGGGAAAAUAUUUAAUGACGAGUGUAUGUAA